AUUCCCAGGUAUGGGGACUCAGUGGGCCGGGAUGGGCCGCAGCCUCAUGCAGCUGCCUGACUUCAGAGAGUCCAUCCUGAAGUCGGACGUGGCUCUGAAGGAGACCGGCCUGGUGGUGUCCAGCCUGCUCAUGGACGCAGACGAGGCCACUUUUGAAGACACCGUUCACGCCUUCGUUGGCCUGGCUGCCAUACAGAUAGCUCAGAUCGACCUGCUCACUAAGCUGGGCCUUGUGCCUGAUGGGAUCGUGGGUCACUCUGUAGGAGAGCUGGCCUGUGGCUACGCUGACGGCUCCCUCAGCCACACUGAGGCCCUGCUGGCUGCCUAUUGGAGGGGCCGCUGCAUCAAGGAGGCCAACCUUCCUCCAGGAGGCAUGGCUGCCAUCGGAUUAACGUGGCAGGAGUGUAUAGCUCAGUGUCCUAAGGGAGUGGUCCCUGCCUGCCACAAUGCUGAGGACACCGUCACCAUCUCCGGCCCUCAGGCAGCCAUCACUGCGUUUGUUUCCGAGCUGAAAGAGCAGGGAGUGUUUGCAAAGGAGGUGCGCAGCGCUGGUGUCGCCUUCCACUCCUACUACAUGGCCUCCAUCGCCCCCACCCUGCUGGCUGCUCUGAAGAAGGUGAUCAAGGAGCCUCGGCUGCGCUCCCCCCGCUGGGUGAGCACCAGCAUCCCUCAGGCAGACUGGGACUCUCCUCUGGCUCUGUACAGCUCGGCUGAUUACCACGUCAACAACCUGGUGAGCCCCGUGCUCUUCCACGAGGGCCUCAGCCUGGUGCCGGAGAACGCUGUGACCGUGGAGAUAGCCCCUCACGCUCUGCUGCAGGCGAUCCUGAAGCGUAGCUUGAAGCAGACAUGUUCCAUCCUCCCGUUGAUGAAGAGAGGCCACGCCAACAACCUGGAGUUCUUCCUGUCAAACGUUGGGAAAAUCUACAUGAACGGCCUCAACGUGGACAGUAACAGCCUCUGCCCGGCGGUGAAGUACCCUGUGCCGGUGGGAACCCCUCUGAUCUCGCCCCUGCUGCAGUGGGACCACUCCCAGACCUGGGACGUUCCCAAGGCCGAGGAUUUCUCCUCAGGCUCAGGAGGAUCCAACUCUGCCGUUGUCUAUAAUAUCGACAUCAACCCAGAGUCUCCAGACUACUACAUGCUUGGUCACUGCAUCGAUGGGCGUGUCCUCUACCCGGCCACGGGCUACCUGGUGCUGGCUUGGCGUACCUUGAUGAGAAGCCUAGGCGCUGUCAUGGAGAGCACCCCUGUAACCUUUGAGGACAUCACCAUCCACAGGGCCACCAUCCUGCCAAAGAGCGGCUCGGUCCAGCUGAAGGUGCACCUCAUGCCUUCCACAAACAAGUUUGAGGUUUCAGAGAAUGGAAACCUGGCUGUCAGUGGUAAGGUGAGCAUCUUGGAGGAUGCAGCCCUUGACUCAUUCCACAGUCAGAUAAAAAACCAAGCGGCCUACAUCGCCGGUGACUCCAAAAUGAAGCUGACCGCACAUGACAUCUACAAAGAGCUGCGACUGCGCGGAUACGACUACGGAAAGACCUUCCAAGGAAUCUUAGAAUCCAACAAUGCAGGAGACAGUGGGAAGCUGCAGUGGUCCGGAAACUGGGUGACCUUUCUGGACACCAUGCUGCAGAUGAUGGUGGUGGGGCUGUCAGGGCGCAGUCUGCGUCUGCCCACCAGGAUCCGCUCCGUGUGCAUCGACCCAUCUCUGCAUCUGGAGAAGGUCUGCGACGACGCUGAGGGAAAACAAGCUGCCGAUGUCCAUGUAAACCGUUGCCUUGACCACAUUGUUGCCGGUGGAGUCCAGAUCAGCGGUCUGCACGCCACUGUGGCCCCCCGCCGACAGCAGCAGCAGAGCCCCCCCACCCUGGAGGAGUUUGUGUUUGUUCCCUACGUGGACACAGAGUGCCUGACGUCCAAUGGGAAGGUUGCAGAGCAGCUGAGGCUCUGUAAAGGUCUAAUACAAAGACUGCAGCGAAAGUUGGCCCCCCAUGGUGUGAAGCUGUCCAUCCCCGGCCUGCAGGGGGAGUCAGAGGGCCCUCUCCCCAGCCCGGAGCCCUCUGAGCCGGGCCUGCUGCGGCUGCUGACCCUGCUCUGCGGCUUGGAGCUAAACGGAAACCUUCAUUCUGAACUGCAGCAGACUGUGGAAAAGCACCGGGGGUGCCUGCUGCAGGACGAGCUGCUGCAGGGCCUCCUGGACAACCCCCCCCUCAGACACUGCCUGGACACUACCCUGGAGAACUGCAUGCCUGGCAAGAUCAAAGUCCUGGAGGCUCUCUCCAGUGACGGGCAGCUCUUCUCUCGCAUUCUAUCGCUGCUCCACAUCCAGCCCAUGCUGCGGGUGGACUACACUGCUACAGCGCCCCAACUUGACCUCAUGACCCCCCACCAGGCCACUCUGGAGGAGAUGGCAGUGGCCUCAGCUCAGUGGGACCCCAUGACAGGCCCGGCCCCUGGAGGCGCAGUAGCAGACCUCGUGGUGUGUAACCACGCCUGGGGCCCCUUGAGGACGGACCCUGGAGUGCUGGUGGCAAAUCUGGCUUCUGGAGCCAAAGAGGGGGGGUUCGUUCUCCUCCACACCCUGCUGAAGGGGGAGACUCUGGGGGAGAUGGUCGCCUUCCUCUCCAGCACCGCUCAGAACAACGCCCAGCAAGGACUCCUCACACAGGUUAAAUGGCAUAAGCCCCCAGCCGGGGGACCGAGGACGGGCGCCAUCGCAACGGCGUAA